GCAAUGCUUGUUUAGUACGAUCUUUAUCUUCAAUUAGUUAACACGUAGAUAUCGGUUCAUUUGUUAUUAAUAAUUAAUCGCAUAGUAUUCGUAUCUAUAACACGUGUUGUGAUAUAUAUUAAGCCAGAAUAAAGUGAAAUACACAGUUUUUGUUUGAAAGUUGGGCAAAAGAUAAAAGCACCAAAAAAAUAUUAUCAGGAGCUUAUCAGACAAGUACCGAGGGCGUUACAUUUCAUAAUGGCUUGUGACUGUGAUUACAUUCUACCGAGGAUGGACGAUUGGGAGGAGCAUUAUCAAAAUUGCUCUACUAUUUGGAUUAAAGAUCACGGAAUAGAAGCACCUAAGAAUUCAGAUGGGAGUCUUCAAUUAAGAAACCGACACCUUUCCACCUUGCAACGAGAUGUUUUAUAUCACUUGGGACUUGACACUGAAAAUUAUGACUUGCCAGCAAUGUUUGGAGAUGUCAAGUUCGUCUGUAUAGGAGGCACUAAACACAGGAUGAAGGAAUUCGCCAAAUACAUCGCCAAAGUGUUGAACAUUCCGGAUGAUGGGUUGCCAAAUUUGACCAAACGUUCUCACAGAUAUGCCAUGUACAAAGUUGGACCCAUACUUUCUGCUAGCCACGGUAUUGGAAUUCCAUCAAUGACCGUACUACUUCAGGAGGUCAUCAAACUGCUUAGUUACGCCAAGGCGAAGGACCCCAUCAUUUUCCGAAUAGGCACAAGUGGGGGUCUGAAUAUACUUCCUGGAUCUGUUGUCAUAUCCUCGUUUGGCCUUAAUGGUACUUUGAAGAAGUCUUAUGAUAUUCCAGUCAUGGGUAAAAUUAUGGAGAUCCCAUCGAUAUUUGAUAAGAGAUUAAAUCAGGAACUGUUGUACAUCGCAUCGGAGGAAAAACGGUUUUCCACUUUCAGCGGUGGUACGUUGGCUGCAGAUGAUUUUUAUCAAGGUCAAGCUCGUUUGGACGGUCCAUUCUGCAACUACACCGAGUCUGACAAGCUAUCGUUCCUCAGUGUUCUGGUGGGACUGGGUGUGAAGAACAUUGAGAUGGAGGCAACCGCCUUCGCUGCUCUCACCAGGGAGGCGGGCCUAAGGUCUGCUGAUGUGUGCGUUACGUUGGUCAACCGGCUAGAGCAGGAUCAGGUAACACCCAGUAAAUCCGUCUUGCUGGAAUGGCAACAGAGACCUAUGCUGAUAAUAGGGAAAUAUAUUUCCAAGUAUUACGAAACGAGGUAUAAGCUCUAAUAUUAUUAUAUAUAUCUAUAUAAUGAAGUCGGAUAUCUACAAAAUGAUGAAGAAAUUAAAUUGAAAACUGUAUUGCAAUGGUCAUCGACCAAAUAUAAGGUAUAAAAAUGCAAAUAA